AUGCCCCGUGGCGCGGAGUGCUGCGGCGUAAAGGGGUACUGUCCAUCCGGGGAGCGAUGCAUGACCGUCAACGGGAAACUGGGCUGCUGUCCCAACGGGGAUUGCUCGCGGGAGGACGCGGUGAAUCAUUACACGGAGAAUCAGUAUACCACGGCGCAUCGUACGACGACCUAUACCGGGGUGGAGUACAGAUGGUAUUCGUGGACGGUGACCUGGACGUACUGGGUGACGUUUUACACGUACUAUACCCCUUCGACGGCUUCGAUUCGCACGUCGACGGUCACGACUACCUCGACGAUUGUCUCGGUGAAAGCUACGGACCGGUCGGAUGCUUCGAGCUCGUUUACGCGGCUGUCGGCUACGAUGAGCUUCUAUACGCCUGCUAGUGCGACGAAUCCGGUGAAACCGACGAAUGCGACGGCGGCCAGCAUACCGACUAUCGUUACGUCGGGGGAUGAUGGCAGUAGUAACGACAAUUCUGACAGUGACGGUGGCAGUGGCGGUAACGAGGGUAUUGGCAUUUCGGUCAAUGGGGUCAUGGGAGGGCCCGGAGGUGAUUCCAAUGCUGCAAAUGCAAACCGCAGGCUUGGAUGGGAGACCGCGUUGUCUCUGUCUAUCGUGCUGGGAACUGGACUUCUGAUGAUAUAUCUCUGA